CAUUGACAAAUGCGCUGCUGUUUGCCACAGCCAAAGAGCUGGAUGGUUGGAUGAAGUCAAACAGCUACCACGUUACGGAUUUAUUUUCUSCCACACGCAGACCCGGAAGCAGAAAUACAGACUUGGGCUUUGUUUUGUUUUGUUAGUAUCUGGACUGGAGUUGGAGGGGAAGCGACAACGUGUGCAUGGUCGGGGAGUUAUACCUUGGGAAUGGAAGAUGAACACAUUUCUCUCAAUGUUUACAAGUGUAAAAUGCCUAGUUUUGUCAGCAGUUAUGACGAAGAGACAGUCUGCAAUCCAUCAGAAGUGUUUGAUAAAGUUGAGACAUCAGGCACAGAUUUUAUUCAAGAUGCCAGGGAAACAAAGAUCCGAACACAAGACGGGGUAUCGGAGACGCACCAACACAAACCUGAGAGAACGGGUUGUAAAGAAAAUGUUGAAGGAUACAGUUUCAGAAAACCGACUGCAGUGGAUAUUUUGAGGAAUUUCGGGACGACGAGAUCCCCUCCGAAUUUCAAUAACAAUUCAGCAGAUGACCAAAAAMAUCCAGAGGAUGCCGUGGUAGAAAUUGUUUUAAAUGAACGAAUUGAUUGUGUGGACCUUGAAAAGUCAAGUGGUAGUGAAACGAAGGGUGGAAAAGAGCAAAUCGCAGAUCACACAGAGGGAUUAACGUCAUCCGAUUUGGAUGAAGUUGAUGUAACACAUUCUGACGAAAUUUGUGAAAGUAGCAGGGCUGACGACGAUGUCGUACAGUUGAAGGAACAUGUUUACUGUACUGUAUACUGUAUUGCAAACGAUAACUACAGGAAACCGGCUGACAAUACCGGAGAACACCAAUAUAAUGGGGCGAUAACUCCGUCAACAUCAAACGUCGCCACAGAGCCAUCCACGGAUUUGCAGCAGCAGAGCGAUUUGGAACUAGGCCACCCCUCUGCCCCCGAGCCAUACACCCUAUCGAACCUGAUUGAUCCUAGAACUCUGAACAACUUUUACAACGGGGAUUACAAUGUAUCAAUUGUCUUGACCUGUCGCAUCUGUCUGGACGACAAGCACAUAAAGCCGCUACAUUGUUGCAAGAAGGCUGUCUGUGAGGAAUGCCUGAAGAGAUACAUCAGUUCACAGGUCAGGGUGGGCAGGGCGGACAUCAUGUGCCCCAUCACGGAGUGCAGUGGUUACCUGGAGGAGAGCCUGGUGGUGUCCCACCUGGGCAGCGAGGAAGUGGCUAAAUACAAGUACUUCCUGGAGUUGAGCCGGGUCGACUCCAGCACCAAACACUGUCCCCAGUGCAGCCAGUUCACCUCGCUGAAAGGACGCACCCCCAGCAAGGCAGACCACAAAUACAAGAUCCAGUGCACCAAGUGUCAGUUUGUGUGGUGUUUCAAGUGCCAAGCCCCAUGGCACGAUGGUCUGAAGUGCCGGGACUACAGGAAGGGGGACAAGCUGCUGCGUCACUGGGCCAGCGUCAUCGAGCACGGCCAGAGGAACGCCCAGAAGUGCCCCCGCUGCAAAAUCCACAUCCAGAGGACGGAGGGCUGCGAUCACAUGAACUGCACCCAGUGCAACACCAACUUCUGCUACCGCUGUGGGGAGAAGUACCGUCACCUGCGAUUCUUCGGGGAUCACACGUCCAACCUCAGCGUGUUCGGCUGCAAGUACCGCUACCUUCCUGAGAAGCCCCACCUCCGCCGGCUGGUCCGGGGGUCCGUGUGUGUAAGUAAAGUGGUGGUGGCCCCUGUUGUCAUAGUCCUGGUGAUGGUGGUUGGAGCAUUAUCCCUGGUCGUAGGCCUCGUGGCCUUCCCUAUCUACUACAUCUGUAAGAAGAGACGGAAGCGCACCCAGGGGACAGGCCGCUGGCUCUGAGCUGAGGACCAUGACAAUGUGGUCAGGACCCUGCUCCAGAGACGUGGCCCAGCGAGGGGACACAGGGUUGGGGGAGGGGUCCUUCCAACACGCCCCACCAGUUUCCAGCCCCAGCCUGAGAAGAACCAUGCUUUAGAGUGGGCUCCUCUCUCUACUUCAUGUCCACCACAAAACUGUCUGUGGCUCCUCCUCCAGCCUGUGGAUCUGAAGGCUCACAGAGCACACAGAGCAGUCUACUACUGUUCCCUCCCACUAGUGACCAGGAUUGCUGAGGAGAGGCUGACUGACAGGCAGGUACAGCCUCUGGUAUCAAGAAGCCACUCAAUGUCUUUUAGAAUGGUUUGAGGUUAUUUAUUGAAUGGUUUUUAGUACUGUUGUUUGGUUUUGUUUUUUUGUCUGGUCUCAUAUAGCAUGGAUAGUGAAACAGAAACACAUUGGAUAGAAUGGGAAAGAGUCACUCAAGAUGUGUGGGUGAGUUUAUCACCAUUCUUUUGUUUACGCGUACAGUAGAAUGCCUUUUGCGGACCCUGAGAACCUGCAAAUUUCAGGGAUUGUAUUGUGGUGCAUACAUAGAUAGUUACAUCACAACAAGCAAUUGAUUUCUCAUUGUUAAUGACCAAUCCCUAACUGUUUCCUGUAAGUGAGAUUCUGGCUCCAUUUCAUGUGCACACACACAUUCAGCCGCUUCCGCCCCUGCCAACCCCAGAGUGCUGUGCCCACACACACACACACUGGUAUUUGCAUCGUCAACAAAAUCCAUUUAAGUCUUUUUCAUUGUAGAAAACAAUGGGGACAGCACUGUUGAAAUUACUGCUGUUUGAUGCCUAGUAAUCAUUUAUCAAUAAUCUCAUCCAUACUUGCAAAGUAGGGUUUUACCCUAUCUCUGUUUUACUAAGUGUUCUAUUGUCCUAAAUGAUGCCGACAAAUGUGGUCCAAUUUAACGAAUGGGAGAAGUCUGAGUGUUCACAGACAAUAACCGAAAAGUGCUUCAUGUGCUGCAAUAUAUUUAUUUGUUUUGAAAAUGUACAUUGGAUACAUUUUCUGCCUCCUUCAAUGGUCAAUAUCAGAUGUUUUCUGUGAGAAUAGAUCUAAAAACAUAUUUAAAACACAUCUGUGGAGGACGGACCAAUGGACAGACAGACCGUAAGAACCAUAAAUGAUCGAGAAGUCAUGGUUUUGUUAUUUCCCUUGAGGAGCCUAUUUAAGGAACUCACUUUCAAACUCACUAGAUUGCUUGCAACAACCACUUUCCCAAAGUCUUCCAUUAUUUAAAUCUAGUUGAAGUGUCAUACAUGCUAGUUGUAUAUGAAUGUGUCCAUGAAGUUCAUACUAGUCAUGUCAGGGGUUUUUGUUCACAUCAAAUGUGUGGAUUGUAAUCCCGGUGUCUUGACAUCAUUAAUAAUUAACUAUAGUCCAUUCUCCAUUUUAAUAUAAAACACUGAUUACAAUAGGGAAUGUUAAUUAAACUUGGUGUAUCCUAACACCAAGUCAAUUUGUGCACAACAUCAGCACAGAAAAAACAGUCGUGUUUGUAACACAGAUGACAAUCAAGUAUCUCUUAGACUUUUUAAAAAGUGGCCUUUGAUGUAAGUACCCUUUUGAAAGCCACACAAUAGACCUGGAGCUGUGCCAGGGAUUUUCUGAAUCUUAAAAGGAUGUAACUUGGCAACAUUGGGCCUGUCCAACAUCUUCCCCCCUAUCCCCCCAAAUCCCCAACCUUCUCACUGUGGGCGCUGUAUUUAUCAGACAUUCAGCUCUGCAUGGAUUAUUAUUGUGUUAUUAAUAACACAGACUAUUAUGAUGAUGAUGAUGAUGAUGAUGAUGGAGAUCGAUGAAUGCUCGGUCACUACUUACCGUGUGGACUUCAGUUACCACAAUGUCAAAGGUCAUGGACAGAAUUUGAAAUCUAUUAGGCUUUUGUAAUUAUUCUCAGGGAGCAUUCUGUUGCCAUUCUCCACGGCUGUCUUUCCCUGCAUGCUCCUGUAGCUGCCACUGUGCUGUGUGAUCAAAACCUGUCACACAAAUUGUUUGUUUUUACAUGGUUUUAAAGAUAUAUCUUACCUGACGCCAGAUAUGAUUUUGACAAUUUCUCUCACCAAGUUAUUACCUGGAUAAUACAGUUGAAGUCGGAAGUUUACAUACACUUAGACUGGAGUCAUUAAAACUCAUUUUUCAACCAC